GUUGAAGGAGUACAUUCCGAAUUGUGCCUUCUUUUGUGCAACCAAGUGUCAUCCAGCAUCCAGUCGAGUGCUCUCGAGACAGAGUCCUUAACUGUUUGGUGGCUCAGGCGAUCUCAGGCCCUCUAAAGUAGAGCGAAAUAGUUUGUAGUUUUUUUGUUAAUCAGUGCCAGUAUCAAGUGAUAACGUCGUUAUCGAAAAAAAAACCAGCAAAAAUGAAAAUUAUCUUACUGACGACCCUGGUGACGGUGUGUUCGUGUGCCCGCCUGGAUAACAACUAUCUGCCUCCACCGGGGGCAGCCCAGUCCGGUGGUGGACCAGGUCUGCAGGCACCGACGGCGGGAGGCUUCGGAGCGAAACCGUCCGGUGGUGGCGGCGGUGGUGGUACCGCUCCGGGAGGAUUCGGGGGACGACCGGGAGGUGCUGCCCCAGGACGUCCAGCCCCGUCGUACGGACCCCCGGCUGGUGGCUUCGGAGGUGGUGCUCCUUCGGGCUUUGGCGGUGGUGGUGCUGCUCCAUCCGGUAGCGGCGGAUUCGGCGGAAGUGCCCCAGCUUCAGGUGGAUUCGGAGGUGGUGCCCCAGCUUUCGGAGGUUCCGCUCCAGCUGGACCCGGAUUUGGUGGAUCUGCCCCUGGACGGCCAGCCUUCGGUGGUGGUGCCCCUGCGGGUCCUGCUGCCCCAGCUGGUCCUCCGAUAGAGAUCAUCUCGUACGAGAACGAGAACAACGGAGACGGUACCUACAAGUUCAGCUAUGAAACGGCCAACGGAAUCAAGGCUCAGGAGCAGGGCGAGAUCAAGAACAAGGGCUCGGAAAAUGAAAUCGCUUCGGUGCAGGGAUCCUACUCGUACACUUCGCCCGAAGGACAAGUCAUUACGCUGACCUACAUCGCCGACGAGAAUGGAUUCCAGCCGCAGGGAGACCAUCUGCCGACUCCACCACCAAUCCCGGAGGAAAUCCUGAAGGCCCAAGCCGCUCAUGCCGCCGCCCACGCUAGUGCUGCUGCCGCCGGAGGUGGUGCUCAGGGAGGUCAGGGUGGUCAGGCAGGUCGUCCCACUGGUAGUGGCGUAGGAUAUCCAGGAUCGGGACCAGCUAGCACGGGAGGUCGACCAACUGGCAGCGGCGCGGGAUAUCCAGGAUCGGGACCAGCUAGCACAGGAGGACCAACCGGAGCUGGUUAUCCAUCGGGAGCACCUACCGGAGCCGGAUUCCCAUCUGGAGCUGGACCUACUGGAGCCGGAUAUCCUUCCGGAGGACCAACCGGAGCAGGAUUCCCCGCUGGAGGACCCUUGGCCAACGCUCGACCCAGCAGUGGACGUCCAACGGGUAGCGGUUCGUUCAACCCACAGUCAGGAUAUAAUUAUUAAGACGCAGAAAGCUCUAGCAUUACUCACAAGAUGAUUUUCUAAAAUCGAAGAAAACGCUUGCCACGCAAUAAAAAGAGCACUAGCAUUACUUACUGUAAAUAUACUUAACCCAAGUGGAGCAAAUUGGCGGAAAUAAUCAAUAAAGCGAACGGUGUGUAAAAACAAA